AUGACUGGUCGUGGUAAAGGAGGUAAAGGACUUGGAAAGGGAGGCGCUAAGCGUCAUCGCAAAAUCCUUCGUGACAACAUUCAGGGUAUCACCAAACCUGCCAUCCGUCGUCUUGCUCGUCGUGGUGGGGUAAAACGUAUCUCGGGUCUCAUCUACGAAGAAACUCGGGGUGUCUUGAAAGACGCUGUUACCUAUACAGAACACGCCAAGCGUAAGACCGUCACGUCUCUUGACGUUGUAUACGCGCUUAAACGACAAGGACGUACUCUUUACGGUUUCG